AUCAUUUGAAGAAUGAAAAAGUCAAUGAUAUUUUUUCCAGCAAAACAUGUGACCAUCUUUUUUAUCCUUUGUGUCCUGUGUGUGUUUGUGAAUUUCAAAUUUAAAAUGUUCAUCUUACCUGAUAUUCAAUGAUUAUUGCCAUAUUAUCAUACCGAAUAAUAAGCUCAAAAGAAAGCCUGAAUUUUUUUUUGCCUUUUUUUGCAAACCGAAUCGUUUUUUUGUUUUGUUUUGAAACAACAAAAGAAUAAUUAUUAUUAUUAUGGCCAAUGUUCGAGCUGAAAUAUUGGCAGCUAGUCGAUCACGAACAGCAACAUCAACAACAACCGGUUAUUGGAAAGAUUCAAUAAAUAGAGCGGCAAAUAACAAUAAUAAUAAUAAUAAUAAUCAAUCGACAAUCAACAGUAUUGGCAAAAAUAAUAAUAAUAAUAGCCAAACUUGUGCCAUUGAGAAUGUUGCCAUGUCGUCAUCAACAACUUCAAAUUUAUCGUCAACCACCCAUGGUAAGCUUAAUUCAUUAAAACUAACGUUCGAAUCAUCUGCUGCUGCUGCCAAAAAUGUUAUUCAUGGUGAUCAUCAACAUCAUCCACAAACAAACGGAUCAACGAAUGGUGUUAGUGGUGGUAAAACAUUUAAUCGUAGCCAUUCAGUACCAACAUCAACAUCAUCAAAUAGUGCUGGUCGUAAACUUGGUACCAAAGUAAGCCAAAUAGCUAAUCUAUUUCAAUCAUUAUCACCACCAUCAUCGGAAACAAAUUUAUCAUCAUCAACAAUAUCGACAACAACAUCUUUGUUGAAUGGUAAAUUACAUCAACAACGAAAAUCAAAUAGUUUAAUUUCGGUUAAUUCAUCUACCGCAUCAUCAUCACCAUCGACAACAGCAACAGCAACAUCAUCAUCAUCAUCAACAUCAUCAACGACGACUACAAUAUCAAUGAAACGAGAUAGUAUGCCAAAUCUAACAAAUUUAGAUCAAAAUCAUAAUCAUUCAAAAACAAAUGGCCAAAUGAUUAAUAAUAAUAUUAAAUUGAUUAAAAAUCGUAUGCUCAAUGAUAAUAAUAAUAAUAAUAAUGAUAAUCAUAAAACAAUAAUCGAUACGGGUUCCAAUAUUAAACUAAAUAGUAAUUUAACAAAUGGAUCAACUAAAUUAUCAUCAUCAACAUCGACAACAACCACACCGACCAUGACAACAACAACAACGCAUCCAAUGAUCAAAAAAACAGCCAUCAUUGUUAAUACAAAUAGUAAUUUGGAUAAAAGAAAAACACGUUUUGAUGAUGAUAAUUUUGGUAAACAUAAUGGUAAUCAAUUACCGGUAACAACAAAUGGUUCAUUAUGGAAUAAUAAUAAUAAAGAUUAUAAAUCAAAACCGGAAACAUUACCAAAAACAACAAUUCGUAAUUCAUCGAUUGUACGUUCACCACCACCACCAAUACCUGUUGUAAAUGGUGUAAAGAAAACAUUGCCAACAUUAUUACAACGUUCAGAAAGUCGUGUAUCACGUUUUAAUAAUGCACGUGCUGUAUUUGAACGUUUACAAUCAUCUGAUUCAAUUUUAACAACAACAACAUCACCGAAAACAAUAAUGAAUGGUGGAAUUAAUCAAAAUGAAAAUACUAAUCAUCAUGUUGAAUCAAAGCCAUUGAUAAAAUUUAAUUCAUUCGAUUCAAAUCGACUAUCAAAAUCAUCACCAUCAUCAUCUGUUACUUCUGCUGAUGAUUCUAGCGCACAACAAAAUCAUAAUAAUAAUCAUUUGGAAGAAAUGACCAAUAUCAAAGUUUCACAAGUUAAAAGUUUAUUUCAACAAUCAACAAAAGAUAUUAAACAUCAAAUAUCGAAUGAAAAUAUCACUAAUCAUAAUCAUUCGCCAAAUAUUGAGUAUGAUGAUGAUGAUGAUGAUAAAAUCAUCUCGAAUGAAAAGGAAUCCACACCACCACUAUUAUCAACAAGACAAACAACCAAUAGUAAUGCAUCAACUAAAGAAAAUUCACCAGUUUCUGAAUCCGAACAAACUAUUCAACAUCAUUUAUUAUUAUCAAAUAAAUCAACGAUUCAAAGUUGUUCACAAGAUCAAUUACUUGAUAAAAUUGUUGAACAAAUUACCGAUCCAUUGGAUAAAUUAUCCAAUGUAGAUCUUAAUAGUUGUGAUAUAUCGGGCAUUCCGGAUGAUGUAAAUAUUGAUGAAUGUUUAAAUAAUGUUGGUGUUGUUACUGAUGAAGAUGCUAAACGAUUGUUGAAAGAGCAAAAAACAAUUGAUAAUCAACAACAAUUGAAAAAUUUUGAUUUUGAUCAAAACAAAUCAAUGCAGGAAAAAGAAUCAAUAUUCAUUGACAAUAAUAAAAUUAUUAAUGAAAAUGAUGAUGAUGAAAAAGUUAAAGAAGAAAGUGAAUUAAUAUUUAUCGAUAACAUACCAUUCCAUCGUCGUAAAGAUGGUGAAAUUUAUAUGGAAGCACCGGGUUUACCACCUGAUGAAUAUGAAGAUGAUGAAGAAGGAUAUCUUGGUGAUUCACAACAGCAACAAUCUGAUCAAUAUGAUUUGGAAACGGGUGACAUUAUAACGCCGCAACGUAAACGUAACAGUAAAGUUCGUUUUAGUUCUGAUCCGAUAAAAGUUUUUAUGACUUAUUCGGCUGAAGAAUAUGAUCGUCGUAAUGAAGAAUUUGAUCCGGUUGUUGCAUCGGCUGAAUAUGAACUAGAAAAACGUAUUGAAAAAAUGGAUACAUUUACUGUUGAAAUUGUUAAAGGUGAUGAAGGACUUGGCUUCAGUAUAAUUGGAAUGGGAGUUGGAGCUGAUGCAGGUAUCGAAAAACUUGGCAUCUUUGUCAAAACAAUCACCGAAGGUGGACCUGUUCAUCGUGAUGGACGUAUUCAACCAAAUGAUCAGAUUAUUGAAGUUGAUGGUAAAUCAUUGGUCGGUGUUACACAAUCAUAUGCUGCAUCAGUAUUACGAUCAACAUCUGGUCUGGUACGUUUUGUUAUUGGACGUGAACGUGAUCCAGCAAACAGUGAAAUUGCUCAACUAAUAUCUCGUUCCAUUCAAUCGGAACAACAACAACAACAACAACAGAUGAUGUUGAUGUCCCAACAACAACAACAACAGCAACGUUCUGUUCUACCAGAUUCAAUGAUGUAUCAGAUGAUGGAAAAUAAUGAAAUAAUUAAUCAGAAUUUGAUUAGUGAACAAUCAGAACAAGAUGAUCAACAAUUUGAAAUGUUACAACAUCAACAAUCAAAAUCACAACAACAAAUGCAUCCGAUUGAAGAGAAUUUUAUUCAACAACAGCAGCAACAACAACAAUUCACUGAUCUUCAACAGUCAUCAACAACAACAACAACAACAAUUCCGGUAAAUAAAUCAUCACAAAUGAAUGAUCAGAUGAAUGUAUCAUAUAUACAACAACAACAUCUACAAUCAUUAAGAGAUAUUGAUAUGUUAAAGCGUAAUAUUAUUGAAUGGCAAUUAAAAUAUUCAUCAUUAACUGAUGAAAUAUGUAAAAUUAAACAAAAAUCUGAUUCAAAAAUUUAUGAACUUCAAAAACAAUUAGAAGAUGAAAUGGUUCAAUCAAAAGAAAAAGAAGCACAAAUUGUAACAUUACAAAAAGAAUUGGAUCAGAAAAAUAAUCUAUUCAAUGAAUUUAAACAACAAUAUAGUUUAUUGGAGAAAAAAUAUGUAAAAAUGAAAAAACUAGUCAAAGAUUUACAGCAACGUGAACAGGAUCUAUUGCAAAAAGAUCAAAUUUUUCAACAAGUGUUCGAUGAUGAAAAACAACAAUCAACAUCGAUGAUUGAUUCAUUACAGGAAAGAAUUACACGUUUGGAACAACAAAUUGCCGAAAAAUUUGAAUCAAAAGUAUUUGAUAAAGAAUCUGGAUCAGAGAAUGAAAAUGAUGAAAAUAGUUGCUCUAUCGAUGAUCAAACAUCGAAAGCAGAUCGUUCAUUCAAUGAAGCUAUAAGUCAAAGUGAAAACAUAUCACUUUUGGAUAUUUCAUAUUCAAAACAAAAAGCCGAGCUUGUUAGUCGUGGUAGUUUAGCUAACCGUCAACCACCUUCAUCGAAUAUAAUUAAAAAAAAUUCAUCACUAUCAUCAUUGACAAAAACAUGGAGUAAUAAUGAUUUAAAUUCUGAAUCUUCGGAUAAUAAUGAAUCGACUAUUGCUCAAACAGAAUUUCCAACAACAUCAACGCCAAAAUCAUCGAUAAUGGAUGAAUCUACAUCCAUUGGUAAAUGUUCGAAUCUUAUUUCGAAUCCAUCUUCAUGUUCAUCAUCAUCAUCAUCACCAUCACGUUCACAGGCCAAAAUGAUUUGUCAGCAAGCAGCUGCUGCCAUUCUUGCCAAAAAUGCCAAUUUAAAUUCAUCACCAACAUCUAUCAAUGUUGCUUCCAGAUUUGGUCUAAGAAAUUCCAAUGUUUCCGAUAAUAUUCCUCAACAGCAACAACAACAACAUCAACACUAUAUUGAAUCGCCAUUAUUGAUGCAUGAUAAUCUUUCAUCUGAACUAAUGCCAUCAUCAUUAAAUAAUCGUUAUUUAUCACCAUCAUUAUCAUCAACAGCAACAACAACUUCAAUGCCAUCACCAGUACGUUCUAUGAUUGAUAAUUUACAAACAUCAACAAUUUCAUCAUCAUCCGGUUCAUUAAUAUCACCAAAUUCUGUUACAUUCGAUAAUGAUGAUUUGAUCUCAAUGAAUACUUAUAGUGGUUGUAAUCAAUCGGUUGAUGAUAUGAAUUAUAGCCAACAUUCAUCUUAUUAUCCGAAUGAAUCAUCAACAUCAAAUACAUCGGCAACAAAUACUUUAUCAUCUUGUCAUCAACAAAAUUCAUUACCAUGUGUGAAUACAUUCCCAAAUAGUUUAUCGGUUACUGAUUGGAGUGUAUUAGAUGUUGUAGAAUUUCUCAAUCAAAUUCAUCUCGGUUCAUAUGGAAAAAGUUUCCAGGAUCAAAAUAUUACCGGUGUUCGAUUUAUACAAUUGGAUAGUGCUCAACUUAAGGCAUUAGGAAUAGUCAACAGCGGCGAUCGUCAAUUAUUGAAGAAAAAAAUCAAAGAAUUUCGUCAAUUAUUAGAUAAAGAUAAAAAAGAACAUAAAUCUUUGGCCAGUCGACGAUUAUUUGCUCGUUUUCGAUAUAGAUUUCGAAAAAGAUAUCCACAACAUUCACAUCAUCAUCAUAAUUGACCUCUGUGAUGUUUAUUUUGAACCAACAACAACAACAACAAAACGAAAAGAUUACAAAAUUUUUUUUUGAA